AUGUCUCUGGCAGGUACAGCAGGAACCCACGUAGAUGAGCCUUUUCCCAGUGCCGCCUUAGAAAACAGCAGGCUGUCUGCAGGGGCCAGUCUCCCCGGGCACAGCUACGCUUCUGACAAGAGUGUCGAUUACAGCCGGUCUCAGUGUUCCUGCAGGAGCUUAAGUUCUUACUAUGAUUAUUCAGAAGACUUCCUCUCCGAAUGUUCAGAAACGGCCAUUCACAGAAAUGAUCUAGAGGAGCCUGUUAUAAAGCGGGAAAAGGAGGAGAAGAAAAUCUGCGUUUCUAAAAGCUCCCAACCUAAAGUUGACAGGUGGUCUUAUUACAGAGUACCACAAUACUUGGAUUUCAGUGGCUUCUUGCCUUACAUCUCAGCUGAAGAAUUAUGGUUUGAAUCACCCAUGAAAUAUAAAUUCCUGUCUCAACCCAAGAAGAUGGUCUCCAAGUCCGGCCAGAAGGGAAUCUCAGUUGAAAAAAAGCCCAACAGGAAUGCCUCGUUCUUAAAUUCUAAAACCGGCGCGAGGGCGCAGAGAGAGGCGGGGACCCACCGCGUGCUCUCGGCCAGGCUCCACAAGAUCAAGGAGCUGAAAAACAAGCUAAGCGACACGCACCGCAAAAUGGAAGCCACCGUCAUAGAAAACCAGUUUUUGAAGCAACUUCAAAUUAGGCACUUGAAAGCUAUCGGAAAAUAUGAGACGUCCCAAAAUACUGUGCCUCAGAUUAUGGUUAAACAUCAGAAUGAAGUUAAAAACUUAAGGCAGCUCCUUAGGAAAUCCAAAGAGAAGGAAAGAACGGCGGCCAGGAAACUCAGAGAGGCGGACCGCGAGUUACUGAAGACCAAGGACGCCCUGCAGGCCCUGCAGGUCCUUUCCGAAGACAAAAGUCUCGCCGAGAGGGAAGAGCUUACUGAAAGACUGGCUAUUCUCACCACGAAAAUGGAGGCAAAUGACAAAAAAAUACAGAGCUUGGAGAAGCAACUGAGGUUGAAUAGUAAAGCCUUCCACCGGCAGCUGGCCGUCGAGAACCAGAAGACCUUAGCUGCCCUAACAGCUAAACAGACUCUGCAAACGGAAGUCAAACACCUUCAGCAAAAACUUAAGGAGAAAGAGCGAGAGCUUGACAUUAAAAACAUCUACACUAAUCGGAUACUGAAAAAUUUGUAUGACAAAGAUGAUCCCAAAGCUUCUUCAACAAAAUCAGUACAAGCAGACGGGAAAAGUAUUUCACUUAUAUGUAUGAGACACCAGGAAACCCAAAAAUCGGAAGACAUUCCACCUUUGACGAUUAAGGGUAAGAAGACAGCAGGAAACACCUGUCAUAAAGAAAAAUCCGCUGAAACGGUCCGUGUAAUUCCUCACUCUGUCAGUGAGCUACCAAGCCGAGAGGACUCCAAGAGAAAAUAUGAAGAUUUAUCCAAGGAAGAGCAACAUCUGAAAGCACGAGCAGCUCUGGAGAGUACUGGAAGACAGAGAGAGAAGAAAGCAGGCCAAGAGAAGAAAACCACUGUAGAAAAAGAACAAGAACUACCACCAGUGAGAAUCCCAGCCGUUGGCCCCGAGCAGGAAGGCCGGUGGCAAGACGGCGCAGCGGACGAAGAGCGGAAGGAAAGUGCACAGAUGAAAGCGGCGGCGGAGGUGCCGGGGGACGUGCCGGACAGAAUCGCCGCUCCAAACACCAAAACGCCCCUCAGACGGAGGAAGCAUUAUUCGUUCACAGAGGCGACUGAGAAUCUGCAUAAUGGGCUUCCAGCUUCGGGGGGGCCGGCCAACGCCGGGGCCUGCAGGUGCGCCCAGGGCGCAGGCAAACAGCACGGCUGUGCCGAGGAACCGAAGCCCGGACACUGGGGGGGCAGGUAUGAGCCCUCUUUUGGGAAGUUUUCCAGAACAAAAGCUAAAGAUGCAACUUUCAGAGAUAAGAAAAGCAGUCUGAUGAAGGAACUCUUUGGAACAGGCUAUGCCUUCAAAAAUGAGCAAGCAGGUACUGCCAUUGAAGGGUCUGAGGAGACCUGGAAAAGUAAGAUGUGUCAGCCACCCCCUAAUCAGGCGUCCGCCAGCAAUGCUUUUGGAGAUUCUAAAGUAGCUGUGCUGAAUUCUAUUAAGUCAUCUUCACCUACAGAAGGGAAAAUAAAAAUAAUUAUUUAA